AUGACAAAUAUAUCAACAAUCACACUAGAAACGAUUAAAUCGGCUAUUAAAACACCACACUAUUAUAAUAAAUUUCGUGUUAUACAUAGUAUUCUGAACCAAAUUACUUUUCCUUACCUUAUCAUAAUAGUCUGCAUUGGUCUUAUUACUAAUACAUUGACUAUUGUAUUUUUAUCCAAAGAUUUUGUUACAAAAAAUCUUGGACAUAAAUGGACAUUAAUUGCAUUAGCUUUUAGUGAUCUUAUUCAUAAUAUUUCUUUAUUAAUUCGAGUUAUUCAUGAUAUUAUUAGUGGAAAAAUAGAAUAUCUUUGUUUAAUUAUUUCAUUUCUUAGUCAUUUAGCUGAAUUAUUAUCAGCUUGUUUUACUGUUUUAUUUACUGUACAACGUUAUACAGCUGUUCGUUAUCCAUUAAAAGCAGCUGUUCAAGAAAAAUCAUCACCAAUUAUUCGUCUUCUAUUAAUUUUCAUGUUUAGUUUAAUAUUUUGUAUUGUAUUAUCACAUACCAAUACAUAUAUUGAUUGUCAUGAAGAACUUAAAUUAAGUUGGUUUAUUGCUGAUGCUUUAUCUUCAUUUGUCAUUCCAUUUUCAUUAAUUCUAAUAUAUAAUAUAUUUAUUGUUAAUUUAAUUCGAAAACAUGCACGUUCACCAUUUAGUGUACAAUCAACAUUAUUAAAGUCGAAUAAACGUGUAAGAAAUGGUAUACAUUAUAAUUUUAGAAAAAGGAAUCGUUCUAAAGAUAGUUCUUCAAUAACUUACUCACAUGGUAUUCCACAUACUUCACAUGAAAUAUUAUUUGAAACAGAUAUUGAUAAAAAAAUAAGUCGAACUUGUUCAUCGAUCAAAAGUUAUAAAAGUAGUACUGCAAUAAAAAGAAGUCAACCAAGAUCAUCAUGUAAUAUCUCAAAUGAAACAGAAUUUCAAACCAGUGAAAUACCAAUUCCAAAGGAACAAAUUGAAGAAGUAAAUUCAAAUGCAUCACCAAUCAAUGGUUCAUCAUUGAUAUCUGGUCAAUCACCUAGAUUAGACAGGGAUAAAAAGAACAAAUAUCAACAGAAAAUAUCGAAUGCACUUAGUUCACGAAGAUUAUCCCAACUAUCACGAAAUGUAGAUUUUAUUUCGAAUAAGAAUUCACAAACAACACAAUCAAUUCGCGUUACACGUAUACUUGUUCUUGUUUCAACAUGUUUUCUUAUACUUAAUGCACCGGCACAUUUAUUUAUUAUUGCUUUAAAAACUUAUACUAUUAUCGAUUUACCAGUUUAUGAUGAACAUACUGAACUUGAUAAACUUAAACAAACAACAAAUUUAACAAAUAAUCAAAUGAAAAAUUUUGUUUUUAUUCAAAAUAAAAAUUAUACAACAUCUGAAAACAAACAUUUAUUAACUUAUGAUACGAAUAUGCUUGAUGAUCAAAUAAUAAUUCAUAUACUUUAUCUAGCCGUUUUAUUAACACAAUUAAUAUCAUAUGCAUCAUAUUCGAUUAAUUUUUUUCUUUAUUCCUUUAUUGGUGGGGCAUUUCGAACAAGAAUGAGACAAUUGUUUAAUAAAUUAUGUUGA